AGGGAGCGUGCGCGCGGCCCGCCCCGGGCGCGGGUGGAGGGGAAAAGGAGGGGCGCGCGCGGCGGCCAGCCCGCAGAAGCCGGGAGCCGCGCAGGAGGACGGAGCACCAGCCGGGAGUCGGCGCGAGCAGAUCUGAUUUGUAUCUACUGUGAUCAGCACUCACUUACGACCUUCCAGACCCAGGACCCCCGAGGAACCAGGCUCCGCACACAAGAAGGCGGUUGUAACUUCCGAUUCCUUGGUGGAGGAAAACAAAACACUCUGGUCUUGCUUCCCAUGAUGCAAGUGUGACUGCUGGCGUCUUCAUGAGCUCCAGAGGCCACAGCACGCUGCCACGGACUCUCAUGGCCCCUCGGAUGGUUUCUGAGGGAGACAUAGGAGGCAUUGCUCAAAUCACCUCCUCUCUCUUCCUGGGCAGAGGCAGUGUCGCCUCUAACCGGCACCUCCUCCAGGCUCGCGGCAUCACCUGCAUUGUUAAUGCUACCAUUGAGAUCCCCAACUUCAACUGGCCCCAGUUUGAAUAUGUUAAAGUGCCUCUGGCUGACAUGCCUCAUGCCCCCAUUGGACUCUACUUUGACACUGUGGCCGACAAGAUCCACAGCGUGAGCAGGAAACACGGGGCCACCUUGGUGCACUGUGCCGCAGGGGUGAGCCGCUCGGCCACCCUCUGCAUCGCGUACCUGAUGAAGUUCCACAGCGUGUGCCUGCUGGAGGCGUACCACUGGGUAAAAGCCCGGAGGCCCGUCAUCCGGCCCAACGUGGGCUUCUGGAGGCAGCUGAUAGACUACGAGCGCCAGCUCUUCGGGAAGUCGACAGUGAAAAUGGUACAGACGCCUUACGGCAUAGUCCCAGACGUUUAUGAGAAAGAGUCCCGACACCUGAUGCCUUACUGGGGGAUUUAAGCCACCAAAGCCCGCCUCGGCGGCCCCUCGAGCAGGACCAGCAUCCGCUACACACCGUCUGCUCCCCUCUUCACCUUUCUUUCCAAAUGGUUGACUUUUGGUUCUCCCUGAGGUGUUUUUUACACUGGGUGUUCAAGUUUGUUUUAAAAGCUAGGGAGGGAGGGGUGGAACAUAAGGGAAACGCUUACAUUGCUAGUAACAUUUUUAAAACUAACAUUUUGGAAUAGUGUUUAUGAAAAUCUUUAACUGGCUUUUAAUCAUUUUUAACAAUUUGAACAGUUUAAUAAACUGUUUAGUUCUGCUCUAUUCUCAAUCCCAUGCCUUUUGGCAUCACGGCAGGAGCCGGAGGAGCUCAGUGCAAAAAUCACUUUGGGCCCUGAUUAACCCUUUAGACACAAGCUUUGCCCAUGGCUGCCGACCAGACAUGCUUAGGGAAGACUGAUACCAGCGCCAGUCCCCACUGGGGCAGCUCUCCUCUUUCCUUCCCCUCUAUUAAUAUUUAGUGACUCUGUAAGUAAGUUUAAAAAAAAAAACAAGCCUUUAUUAUUUAGCUGUCAAGUAAUUAUAAUGAAAUCUGCUGCAAACACCCUCUUGGAAUCAAUGUGCCCCAGGACUACAUUAGCAUUAUUUUUAAUAAAUAUAUCUGCUUAACA